CUUCUCCCGGACGGAGUUAGAGGGCUUAAGCGACGCUACGGCGCAUACUCGGGAUGCAGUAGCGGGGAGGAGGUGGGGGAAAAUGGCGGACGGCAAAGCAGGCGAUGUGAAACUGAAGCGACCGCGGCUUGACGGAGGACCUGAAGAAGAGGCAGAAAAACCUGUGAAAACUAAGACUGUUUCUUCCAGUAAUGGAGGGGAAAGCUCGAGUCACAGCGUGGAGAAGCAGGCAGCUGAUGAAGAAGCCGAAGACUUCUCAACAAAGCCUGCUCCUGCCAAAAUGUCCAAGUUUGGGUUUGCCAUUGGCACACAGAUUGCAAAGAAACCACCUACAAUAUCCAUCAAACUUGGAGCAAAUAAACCUAAAGAGCCUACUCCAACCCUAGCUCCAAAAACACUUUCUGUAGCAGCCAUUUUCAACGAAGAUGAAGAUAGUGAACCUGAAGAGAUGCCUCCGGAAGCUAAAAUGCGCAUGAAGAAUAUUGGAAGGGAUACUCCAACUUCAGCAGGACCAAAUUCUUUCAACAAAGGAAAGCAUGGGUUUUCUGACAACCAGAAGCUAUGGGAACGGAACAUAAAAUCUCACCUUGGAAAUGUCCGUGAACAGCAAGAAGACUAGUUGCGUAUUGAGGUCUGGGAGUUGGGGAAAUGGAAGGGUAUGAUAUUAAAGGAACAGUAUAAGGCUAUUUUGGGUGCCACUUUUAAACGUUUCUAGUGGUGCACAAAAAUGAGUUUAAAAGUAGAGGUAAUUUAUGUUUUGUAUACAGAUUUCAAAGCAUUUGCUAAUUUUGUAGCUUCGUGCAAUUAAUUUCACAAGGUUAUGGAAAAUAAAGACAUUGGAAGUGG